UUGGCCACCACUUUGUUCGUGACAUUUGUGGCAGCAACAUCGGGUUCGUCGUCAACGUUUCCGUCCGUCCGUGUGUCUGGUUGUUCUGCGCCGGGAAACACUGAGUGAAGCGAGCAAAGUGCUCUCACAUAUCACACAACUUCUUCACUACACGAUCGCAGCUAUUCCUUCCGCUGUCCACCCAUCCGGUUCCGGUAAUUACACAAGGCAACGGGCACGCACGUAUCCCAACCAGCGCCAGACGCGUCCCGGUAGUUUGUUGAGACUUUUAUAAAACUGUUGCUCCAACACCAUGGCACGACUUCUCGCACGCUUCUGCAAGACGCUUCCCGUCCAGGGUAACUCAACCCGCUCGGUUCUGCCUGCCGUCUCGAUGGUGCCAACGCGCGCUCGUAGCACUGACACCCGCAUUCAGGCCGUAAAACCUGUGGUCGAGAUGGAUGGCGAUGAGAUGACGCGUAUCAUCUGGCAGUUCAUCAAGGAUAAGCUUAUCUUUCCUUAUGUGAAGGUCGAAGCACUUUACUACGAUCUUGGUCUUCCCUACCGUGACCAGACGGACGAUCAGGUUACGAUCGACGCAGCGCACGCCAUGUUAAAGCAUAAUGUCGGCAUUAAGUGUGCUACGAUCACGCCUGAUGAGCAACGUGUGGAAGAGUUCAAGCUGAAGAAGAUGUGGCUCAGUCCGAACGGUACGAUCCGUAACAUUCUCGGCGGUACGGUGUUCCGUGAACCGAUCAUCUGCAGCAACAUUCCGCGCAUUGUACCCGGUUGGACGAAACCGAUUGUGAUCGGUCGUCACGCGCACGGUGAUCAGUACAAGGCGCAGGACUAUGUGGUGCGCAAACCGGGCACAGUGAAGAUGGUGUACACGGGCGAUGACGGCACGGUAGAGGAGAUCCAGCUGUACAAGUACAAUGCACCCGGUGUGGCGCUGGCUAUGUACAACACGGACGAGUCGAUCACUGCGUUUGCCCACUCGUCAUUCCAGGUGGCACUUAGCAAACGCUGGCCGCUGUACCUGUCCACCAAGAACACGAUCCUCAAGCGUUACGAUGGUCGCUUCAAGGAUAUUUUCCAGGAGAUUUAUGAGAAAAACUACAAAAAGCAGUUUGAAGAGGCCAAGAUCUGGUACGAACACCGACUGAUCGAUGAUAUGGUAGCACAGGCACUGAAAUCUUCGGGUGAGUUUGUGUGGGCUUGCAAGAACUACGACGGGGACGUACAGUCGGACAUCGUAGCGCAGGGAUACGGUUCGCUUGGUCUAAUGACAUCGGUGCUGGUGUGUCCGGAUGGAAAAACUCUCGAAUCGGAAGCCGCUCACGGAACCGUCACGCGUCACUACCGUGAACAUCAAAAGGGACGUCCAACCUCCACCAAUCCGAUCGCAUCGAUCUUCGCGUGGACCCGCGGUUUGGAGCACCGCGCCAAGCUUGACAAUACGCCCGAUCUGGCCCGCUUUGCCCAAUCGCUCGAGAAAGCCUGCGUUGACACGGUGGAAUCGGGCAAGAUGACGAAGGAUCUGGCACUCUGCAUUCACGGUUCGCGCAACCUCAAGGACAGCAUGUACCUGAACACGCAGGACUUCCUGGAAGCUAUCUCGGAGCAGCUGGAGCGUACGUGGAAGAAAUAAGAUACACGCACGUCACACACCCUGCAGCGCAUCUUUGUACCAUACUUGAAUAAAACUUUCCGUCAAAUGCGAUAAACACGA